AUGAGCGCCUCGUCCUCAACCAUAUACGUCGGCAACCUCCCCCCGUCCCUGGACGAAUCCUCCCUCGCCUCCUACUUCCACCCUUUUGGCGACAUUGUCUCCAUCUCGGUGCCCUCCACCUCGACCCCGGCGGGCAAGCGCAACAAGGGCUUUGGAUUCAUCACCUUCUCCACGCCCGACGACGCGCUGGAUGCGUUGGACAACAUGAACCUCAACGCGAUCGAGGGGCGCACGAUUCAGGUCAACUUGGCCGAUCCGAGCAAGGUCAAGGAAAGCAGCGGAGGAGGGAGAAGUGGGAGGGCCGUUUGGGAUGAUGAGGAGUGGAUCAAGCAGCACGCUGUCGACGCAGGACCGCAAUCGGACCAAGCGCAAACAUCGCCAUGA